AUGCGAUACCUCUCCUUCCUGCAACUUCUCGUCCUGACAUUCCGCGCUAUGGCUCAGGACAACCUCUUCCCUGCGACGCCGCUCGCGGACUUGCGCUACCCUACACCCUCAGAUGCGCCGUAUAAAGCCGAUCCGUCAACAAACUUAGCCCGCGGCCCACAAUAUGGCUACAACCAAUGCAAUGCGAGCACGGAGAACCAGCAGAACUUUUGCCUGUGGGGCCCGCCGCUUCCUGGCUCAUCAGUCGGAAACACGGAGGGUGAGAUGGUCGCUUGGUGUACCAAAGCUGGGCACGGCACGCGCGUCAUGCCUGAAGGCACCCUUCUUGCCGUGCAACUCCUCAAGGCGCCAGACUAUGUUCAGAUUUCGGGUCUCAUUGAUCAGACGAAGAUCAACAUUGCAGCCGGCGACUACGGUGGUGAGCUGGACCCGCAUGGUCAAGAUCUCCGUGGUAACCCUAUUGGCGGGCUCAUGUACUCCACACAGUUCUCUGGAGGAAGCGCUCCCCACCAGGUUAUCGAAUGGACCAACUUCAUGGGCGGGUCGCAGUUCUGUAUCAAGAUUUGCGAUCCCGCGGGCAAGAACCCCGGCGGCUUCUGCCAAAACCGCCUCGACCGUAUCGGCUGCGCGUACAACAUGCCGUCGAAGUACACCGUGAACAACGCCGGUCCGGGCGAGUUCGAAUCCUGCGCGAGUGACGACAUGGACAUCCCCGGCGAGUAUGUCGUCAACGGGCAGACGCUCAGUUACAGCCAGCCUCCGGAGAGUGCGGGUCCCAUCACGUCGAUCCCGUACAGCCCGCGGGUACCGGCGAGCAGCAACUGUGUUGCUACUGCUAGCGCGGCUCUAUACACAGAUGCGCCUCGUGCUGUGCAGGCAGCCACGCCUGCGAACUUCGCGCAAGUCAAUCCUGCGCGCCCGGAGGGAGCACAACGUCACGCCACGCACCCGACCCCCAUACCGCAGCGUCAGCGCGAGGGCGGUCCGAGGCCGACAGUUAACGCGCUCGCCCAGCCCGCGGAGCGCCCGGUCGCAUCCAAGCCUCCGUAUCCAACGCGCGCGCGUCAUCCAGUCGCAGGACCUGCUCGCGCCGCGAUGACUGCACCCGUUCGCGCGGCGAGGCAGGAGCGCGGUUUUUGA